UACAUACACCCCAUAUUCUACUGAACCUUUCCACUCUCCGUACUGUAAUUAUCUCAGGAUGAGGGUCAGUGUGGUUCUGCUUUGGCUCUUCUUGUCUUGUGUUCAGCUCCAGAGAGCUGAUGACCAGCUCACAGUGAGGGACGUGCAGCUUCUGAACAAGGGUAACAUGGAAAGAUCAGCACUAGAAAAAACCCACCACUAUGAUGAUGAGUUCACCGAGCUGAGAGAGCUGAAGGACAUGGUCACCCAGCUGAGAGAGCAGCUGCAGUCCAGCCAAAGCCAGAUUGAAGAGCUGCGGAAACAAAACGCAGCCAUAAACAACAGACUGGUGGAGGUGUCCCAAGUGAAUUCAGCUUUGAAGUGGAGCCUGGAAGCACUGAGAGAGGGGAAUGCAAAGGUUCGGAAGGUGGCGUUCUUAUUUGGUUCAGGCUUAAAUGGCUACCUCGGGCCUCUAGGUGUCGACACCAUACUGGUUUUCCGCAAAGAAAUCACAAACAUUGGAAACGCAUACAGUCCAAUCACAGGUGUUUUCACUGCUCCACUCAGAGGAGUCUAUUACUUCAGGUUUAAUGUACUUGGUAGCAACUCAUACUGGAUGACUAUAGACUUGUAUAAAAAUCAAGAGCGAAUCAUAACUGCAGCUGAAUAUCCAGGGGGGCAGCAUGAAUACUCUGUCGGUGGUGCCACUCUGCUGCUGCAGAAAGGAGAUCUUGUGUAUCUUAAGCUCCGCGCUACCUGUCAAAUUUAUGACAGUGCUGACAACCUUACCACUUUCACCGGCUUUCUGCUGUUUCCCAUGUGAAGUGCUUUAAUCACUGGAAAAGAGCAAUCAGUUUGCAGCAUUUGUCUAAAACCUCCCAUGCAAAAAAACAAGAAAUAAACAUAUA